AUGUCAGAAGCUCCGAUUGCCACUGUCUAUGUCCGCAACCUCGAGGAGCGCGUCAAACCCGACGUGCUCAAGGAGACGUUGACGACAAUCUUUUCCGAGUACGGCAACAUCAUCGACAUUGUUGCCAAGACCAACCUCAAGGCCAAGGGCCAGGCCUUUGUCGUCUUUGACGACCCAGCCUCCGCCCAGCGCGCUAUAGAAGAGGUUCAGGGCUUUGAGAUCUUUGACAAGCCCAUCCACCUGGCCCUGGCCCGCACCCGGUCCGACGCCACCGUCAAAGCUAACGGGUCCGAGGAGGAUCUCGAGGCGCACAAGAGGAGGCGUGUCGCUGAGAUGGACAAGAAAAAGGCCGCCGAAGCCGCCGCGGCCCAGACGCAGCUCAAGGACAGGGCCAACAAGCCCGGCCGGGGCCUCAAGGCCACGGGUCCCGCAGGUGCGGCCCCCACUGUCCCGGACGAGUACCUGCCGCCCAACAAGAUCUUGUUUGUGCAGCACCUCCCCGAGGAUUUCGAUGUCGAAAAGCUCACGACGGUGUUUGGCCGGUUCGAUGGGUUCCGCGAGGUGCGUCUCGUGCCCGGUCGGCGCGGAAUCGCCUUCGUCGAGUACGACGGCGAGGCGGGUGCCAUUGCCGCCAAGGAGAACACGGCCGGCAUGCCGCUCGGGGCAGAGGGCAAGCCCGUCAAGGUCACGUACCAGAGACAGUAG